AAGGCGGAAGCAAGUGUUGGCAAAGGAAGUCAGGACAGAGGCAAGAAAGAACGCGAUGGAACCAGUUAGGUGUCCCCGGCACGGGACCUUCUGCUUUUUGAAGACUGGCGUACGCGAUGGCCCGAAUAAAGGAGAAAGCUUCUACGUGUGCCGGGCGGAGCCUUGCAACUUCGUGCGGGCCGCUAACAUUCCCGUUUCUCACUGUUUAUUGCAUGAGGACUUUGUGGUGGAUCUUCAGGCCCUACAUGUAUCAAAGGACACAAAAGACUAUAGAUUGUUCUUCCGGUGCCAGCAGAAGGAGGGCAGAGGAAAGCAGUGGUGUGGGUGUAUCCCCUGGCAGGAUCCCAAUUCCAAAGAGCAUUCUGUAACCAGUGAGUCCCAGCGUGCAUCUGAGCCGUUUCGUUAUCCUUCCGUCCAGCAGAGAAACCCGUUCAAGGUACUUGACAAGAACCAAGCACCAUCUCUCUGGGAACAGUUCGCCAAAGGUGAAGACAAGGGAAAGGUGGCUGAUACGAAGCAAAGGGAAAAGGGAGACCCGCUCCGGGAUCAAAAGGAGGAACAGGGGCCUGAGUCUAACUGCCGGGUGGAGCAGGACCUCUCCCCUGGCCUGGUGGUAGAGGAAAAGCCUGCAGGUCAAGGGCAGCAGCCACAAGGGAAGACAACAGAGCUCUGGUGUGAAGCAAAGCAGACUGAAGGGAGGCACAAAGGGAACCUUUCUGAAAUUAAAUCCACACAGUGCCAUGGUAAUGAGCCGAGAAAACCCUGUGCUUCUGCUCAGGAGAAACCAAAGGCGAGAAUCAUUAUGUCCAAAAAGAAUCAGAACCUCCAGAGAAAAGGAAACCAAGCCUUUACCUCGAAUUGUUCGCAGCACAACCCACUACACAAGCCCCCGGAAGGGGAACACCUCAGCAAGGAGCGGCCCCAGAGCUGGGAGGCCGGAGAAGCAAAGAAGGACGACCGGAGCGCGCCGGCCGCCCAGAAGACCCUGCUGCAGGGCCAUUUCCAGGCUCAGUCGCAGGCCCCCCGUGCACCUGCUCCAGAAGGACCAGCUGCCCAGUCCACGCGGCCGGCUGCGGGGCCUUCCCUGGUGAGCGCGAGAAGCAGACAUGGGCAGUGGUGACGUGAGGAAGAUGAUGUGGUUUAUGUUUCCUGUCAGCCGGGGAGCCCCUUACUCUUCGACCUGCUCCGGACCCACAGCAGAAGGAGAAACCUUCAACUCCCUGGUCAAACUGUGCAAAGAAAAACGUCUCUGUCUCAGGGAGUUUCCAAGAAGGUGGAGCCUUGGGGCCCAGCAGCCAAACGCGUGCACCUCAUGACCCAGCUGAAGCAGAAGAAGAGCACACUGGCAUCGGUGAACGUUCAGGCUCUCCCGGAAGGUCAGAAGUUGUUCAAGCAGAUCCGGGAGCUGGAGGACGCGCUCGGCGUGCUCGCCCUCUCCCCAGAGCAAGGUACCGAUGAGAAGAGUAACACUCAAGUACCACAACAGAGUAACUUCGCCAAAACGACCUCUGACCCGCCCCACUUGGUGGCAGCCAGACCCCUGCCGGGUCAGGAUCCCCCACGUCUGGGUUCAUCUGGACUGCAGGCUCCCCGCCAGGCAGCUGCCGGGCAGCCCAGUAAGUGCUGUGGAGGCCCUGUGAACCAACAUCGCCCUCACUCUGUGUGGAAAGCCACAAGUGACGCCAUCGAUGCCCUGCAUCGGUCACUCGAGUCGUGUCCUGGCGAGACGGCUGUGGCAGAGGACCCAGCUGGGUUGAAGGUCCCUUUGCUACUGCACCAGAAGCAGGCGUUGGCCUGGUUACUGUGGCGAGAAAGUCAGAAGCCACAUGGAGGAAUUCUGGCGGAUGACAUGGGACUAGGAAAAACCCUGACAAUGAUCGCACUCAUCCUGACCCAGAAGAGCCGAGAGGAAAACGAAGGAGAGGACACAAACAUGGCCUUGACUCGGCUUCCCAGAGACGACACCACUGAGUUUAUUUCCCGUGGAACACUUAUCAUCUGUCCUGCUUCCCUGAUCCAUCACUGGAAGAAGGAGGUGGAGAAACGUGUGAGCAGCAACAGACUAAGGGUCUGCCUCUAUCAUGGGCCGAAUCGGGAUCAGCGUGCGAAAGUCCUCUCUGCAUAUGACAUCGUCAUCACCACCUAUAGCCUUGUGGCCAAGGAGAUCCCCACAAAGAAGCCAGAGGGAGACGUCCCGGGCACAAACCUCAGUACGGAGGGUAGCUCCACACCUUUGCUGCGCAUCGUCUGGGCGCGGAUCAUCCUGGACGAGGCGCACAACGUGAAGAACCCCCGAGUGCAGACCUCCGUAGCCGUGUGCAAGCUGCAGGCCCGUGCCCGGUGGGCCGUCACCGGGACCCCCAUCCAGAACAACCUGUUGGACAUGUACUCCCUGCUGAAAUUUCUCCGUUGUUCUCCAUUUGAUGAUUUCAACCUGUGGAAGAGCCAGGUUGACAACGGUUCAAAGAAAGGAGGUGAGCGGCUAAGUAUUUUAACCAAGAGCCUCCUGCUGCGGAGAACAAAGGACCAGCUGGACUCCGCCGGCAAGCCCUUGGUGCUGCUGCCCCAGCGCAGAUUCCGGUUGCACCGUUUACAGCUUUCUGAAGAUGAAGAGACUGUCUACAGUGUCCUUUUUGCAAGGUCAAGGUCUGCUCUCCACUCCUAUCUAAGAAGACAGGAAAGUGGGGGCAACCAGGCUGGACGGAGCCUGGAUAACCCGUUCAGUAGAGUGGCGCAGGAGUUUGGGCCCAGCGGGCCCGGCGGCGGUGCGGCCGCAGACCCCCAGCAAGCCAGCACUGUCCACAUCCUGUCCCAGCUGCUGAGGCUCCGCCAGUGCUGCUGCCACCUGUCUUUGCUGAAGUCGGCCCUGGACCCGACAGAACUGAAGGGCGAAGGCCUGCUCCUUUCCCUGGAGGAGCAGCUCAGCUCGUUGACCUUGUCCGAACUCCAGAGCUCAGAGCCGUCUUCCACUGUCUCCCUCAAUGGCGAGUGCUUCAGCACGGAGCUUUUCGAAGACACGAGAAAGAGCACCAAGAUCUCAUCCCUGUUGGCGGAACUGGAGGCGAUCCGAAGAGAUUCGGGGUCCCAAAAGAGUGUCGUUGUGUCUCAGUGGACCAGCAUGCUGAAGGUCGUAGCGUGGCACCUGAAGAGGCACAGCCUGACUUACGCCACCAUCGAUGGCUCUGUCAGCCCCAAGCAGAGAAUGGACUUGGUAGAGGCGUUUAACAACUCCAGGGGCCCUCAGGUUAUGCUAAUCUCUCUUCUGGCUGGAGGUGUUGGUUUAAAUCUGACUGGAGGAAACCACCUUUUUCUGCUGGAUAUGCACUGGAAUCCCUCACUUGAAGAUCAAGCUUGUGACCGGAUUUACCGAGUAGGGCAGCAGAAGGAUGUUGUCAUACACAAAUUUGUCUGUGAGGGAACAGUAGAAGAGAAGAUCUUGCAGCUCCAAGAAACGAAGAAGAAUCUGGCCAAACAGGUCCUGUCGGGAUCUGGAGAGUCCGUCACCAAGCUCACCUUGGCCGACCUCAAAGUCCUUUUUGGCAUCUGAGCUCCC